AUGUAUAGAAUUAUUUUAAUAUUAAAGUGUUUGCUUUGGUAUUUGGGAAAGUGGGAUGUAGAUUUGACUUGGCUACCUUAUUUCUCAAAUCCAUAUACAUAAUAUAAUAAUAUUAGGGAAGCAAAAUAUCUAUUAGCUAAUAACUACAAUCCAUAUAAUACGGAUGGAAUAUUUUAGAAACCUUUGAUUGUUUAUGGAUUAGUUAUGAUUGAUAAUGAUGUCAUAUUUCUAAUAGCUGACAUUUUAGUGUGCUUUUUAAUUGUAUAAUUAUUUGGGGCGAAGUAGGGAUAUAGGAAAUCGAUUUUGCUAUUUUAUCAUUUGAAUCCAAUCACAGUAAAAAUGAUCUAUAUUGUAGUUUGCGAAUAUUAUCUUAAAGAAUACAAAUGUAUUUGAUCACAUAUUUUUGUUGUUGACCAUAUUAUCAGCACUUAAAAUUAAAAUUUUAUCCCCUCUUUUAUUUGGAGUUUUAUUAUAUAUAAACCCAUAAUAUUUUAUUGUGUUAGCUGCAAUUUCUGUAAUCUUUAGAAGAGAAACAUCAACAACCUCAAAAUUUGCUUUUAAAUUGAUAAUAUUUUUAUUAGCAAGCAUUGCAACUAUUUGCUUAUUGUUAUACAUCUCAUUUUUAAUUACUGGAAAUUGGUAAUUUAUAGAAAAAGCCUAUAUUGAUUAUUAUUUUCCUAAAGAUCAUAGGCCAACAAUAGGAUUUUUAUGGGCAUUAUUUUCAGGAGUAUGUUUGAAAUUAAAUUUUAGUUAUUCUCAAAGUAUAAAUCUUUAUAUCAUGCAUUUUUUAUGUUGUUACCAGUUUGUUACAUUCUACCCUUGUAUAAUUUAUUUGUGAAGUAUGCUAAGAGAGAGAAGGAAUAUCUUGGAUUUAUGAUUGGAGUUUCUUUGUUUGUAAUUAUUGAUACUUAAUAUUUAGUGUAGUUUCUUAUACUUUCAGUACAUAGCCAUAUCGGAUCUUAUCAUAAUAUUUAUACUUUUAUUCUAAAGAUAUGAUUGGCUAUUCAAUUCAUUACCAACAAUAGUUAUUAUUCAUGCAGGAUGCUUAAUAUUAUUUUUAGGAGGUGGCUUACAACUAACAUGGACACAUUCUUUUACAGGAAAUCCGAAUUUUACAUUCUUUUAAGUGUUUGUGUCAUACGUGUUUUAUGUAAUUUUGGUGUCUGAAGGAGUGAGAGAAAUGUUGAAGUUUAGAACAAUUUAAAAGAAAGAAGAGAAGGAAAAGGCAGGGGUUGAGUUGAAAGAGAACGAAUAGAGAAACAACAAAGUAAAAGGAGAUUGAUACACAAAAAAGGUU